UUUCUUUUAGAUCAUGUCCUGCCUUAAUGCCAUUUCAGACAUUUUACAUUAUAAUGUUUCUUUCCACUGCUGGUACCUCAAAGUUGAAUGAGUGUCGAAGUUCAUGGCAUUCCGGAUGGUGGCUUGUAAAGAUUGGCCUAUGGAUUGCCCUGUCUCUUGUAGCGUUUUUGGUUCCUUCUCAGAUAAUUCACAUAUAUGGGGAGAUUGCGCAUUUUGGUGCCGGGGUCUUCCUCCUAGUUCAGCUUGUAAGCAUAAUCAGUUUCAUAACAUGGCUAAAUGAUUGUUGUCACUCAGAAAAAAAUGCCGAGAGAUGCCACAUCCAUGUGAUGUUAUUUGCAGCUUCAGCUUAUGUUAUAUGCAUAGUGGGGAUCAUUUUGAUGUACAUCUGGUAUGUACCAGAUCCAUCUUGCCUUAUUAACAUCUUCUUCAUCACAUUGACUUUGAUACUUCUCCAGCUCAUGACUAGUGUCUCCCUCCACCCGAAAGUCAAUGCCGGCUUCUUGACUCCAGGACUCAUGGGGCUCUAUGUGCUAUUCCUUUGCUGGUGUGCCAUUAGAAGUGAACCAGUAGAGCAAAGAUGCAACAGGAAGGCAGAGGCUUCAGAUGGAAAAGACUGGCUUACCAUCAUAAGCUUCGUAGUUGCCCUACUCUCAAUCGUUAUUGCAACAUUCUCAACGGGUAUUGAUUCUCAAAGCUUUCAGUUUAGGAAAAAGGAUACUCCGACUGAAGAUGGUGUCCCAUACGGUUAUGGCUUCUUCCACUUUGUUUUUGCCACUGGAGCAAUGUACUUCGCAAUGCUAUUGAUUGGCUGGAAUACUCAUCAUACUAUUAAAAAGUGGACAAUUGAUGUGGGAUGGACCAGUGCUUGGGUCAGGAUAGUGAACGAAUGGCUGGCAGUCUGCGUCUAUAGUAAGUACUUAAAAGCAAACAAAGUUGGCAUGAGACCAAUCCUCUCCUACCACUAUGACAAUUGACAAAAGAUUGGAUAAAAUAGCAUCAUUUUGGAUAAAAUUUCUUUUUCUCAGCAAAUUCCAGAUGCUUGGAUUUGGAGAAAACACUUUAAUUUCAUGUACUUAAAAUACUCAAAGUAGAAGAUUAUAGGCUAAAAUCAACAUAUUAAAGGGUGAACAUUAUCUUCUUGCAGUAUGGAUGGUGCUGGCUCCAAUUAUAUUGGAGAGCAGACAAAGCAUGUACAUGAAUCAGAUUCCUCAUUAAUGAAGUGAAGACUCAAUUUCUGUCCCAGCUUCGAGAGAAAGCAGGAAAGUGCAUAUUAUUUGAAUUUGGUUAACCAAUGCCCAAUGAUAGCUGUAAAGGUGCAGUUAAAGGAAGAUAUGUGUAAUACCUUUGAUCGAUGGAUUCAAUAUUUGAAAAUUUUCAUUUGUUUAACUUUUCAGGUAAAACCUAUUUUCACACUAGUUUUGCAGCAUCAUCCAAAUCCAGUUGUGGAGUCCACACACUUACUAAAAGAAAAAUGGUAUUCAUGCCAAAUAGCAUAGGCUGAAAAAGAGUCAACAUUGUAAUUGGGUGGGGCUCUUUUCAAUCUUGUGUUUUUGUGUGGGUUUACUUGUAUUAUACGGAUAUUCGGCUCUUAUUUGGGCUGAAAAACAUUUUUUUUAUAACCCAGAAUAUUUUCUUGUUUUUUUGGGAAUCCUGAAUUACAUUACCCUUACUCAAAGUGAGUGACACAGAUCCAGCUCUGGGGCACACUUUUGAGCUCAAAGUUGAGGUCUACUGCUGGAUUUGAAGGAUGAAGCAAAUUCAACAGUAGAAACUAGAAAGUGCUGCGCCUUCACAAGCUGUGCCCAUAAUCAAAUUGUUUAGUUGGCUUCGGAUUUUAAGCUAAAAAUUUCAGAUUUAAAUUUUAAGUCUAGACAGAAUGGGAAGCGAUAUACCUGUAUUAGCCCAUAAUCAAACGUUUGUAAAUUC